GUUCUAUUUCUUCCCAGAAAUCUCAUCCAUCUAACAUUUCAUAUAUUCGAUUAUUUUCAACCCAUCAUAAUGAAUUCUUACGAAAAAUCUGUCCAAGAACAUGAGGCGGAGCUAAAUGACCAUAAUGCUGAUGGCGAUGCCAAGAUUAGGAAAUUGUCCAUCGAGACACUAGACAGUCAACAUUCUGAUUUAUUCGUCCGCGCUCUGGAUCGAGUAAUAUCGACUGAUCUUGCUAAACUCACAUAUGCGCAAAUCGUUGAUGGUCUUCCCCUGAUCGAUACAGUUAAUGAUAAUAUGGCUGGCGGUCUAUCGAACGGCCACCCGUUAUACGACAUGCAUGAAAGUCUAUGUGACGGCGUAAUGGAACGAACGGAAGAGAUACGCGCGACAUUCGAUCCUAAAGAGCUCAAAUUUGAUUCUCGGCUCAUAUAUGCGUAUCAAUCAGCCUCACCGGGAUCACAAGUGUUCAGAAUGCGGCUGAUCGAAAUUAUCGCCAUCGCAGUUCACCAGAUUGCAGCAAUCCUAUUCAAGCGUGACACCAGUCUCCAUAAGAAUGAUGGUAUCACAGAAUGGGUGCCUCCAAAAGAAGACAUAGUUUUUUGGCAGUUCUUACCAAAUGGCCCUCUUCCUACUCUAUUUCACCAUCCAUGCUAUACGGACUACGACCAGUACCCGGACGGUGUUGCGGACAUGGUCGGGUACUGGGCGGAAUCUCGUAUCAUAGGCGGAGUCGUCUUAUUCGACAGGGGAACGCCUGAUCGGAAACCUGACACAGACGCAGUCUUCCUCCACCCGGAUCGAGAGGAGGUCACAUAUCGAAUUUACCGGCUGCUUGAGAGCCAGAAAAAGCAGCUGCUAGAUUUUCUUUUAUCUGACACGCCGGGACCAAGCCCAUUCCCUAUUCUAGCAAGUAUGGAGAACACUCAUCGAGUGGAUCCCGAGGACGACAUUGACGAAACUGGUGUUUAUCGUGAUAUAUGGGAACGAAAGCCGCUCCCGCCUGAUUGCCCGGAUGGUCGACUACACUGCGUAUGGGAUCCAUUCAACUUCCCGAGUUGGGAUGAAUGGCAAGAGGCUAAAUGGAGGUGUAGAGAGCGAAGGAGCCGCCCCUAUUACUAAGACUAACCUCAAUCCCCCAUAGCAUACAUUAUGGGUACGGGCGGAUGUUCGAUAAUUGAAGAGAAACAUAUUAGUUAUUUAAAUAACAAGGAGCUACGGUCUUAACUAGGAAUUUACAUCAUGCACCGACUUCUAGGUAGAGUUCAAUACUUGAAGUGUCAAGAAAACCAUGAAGCAUCCUCAAUUUAGUUAUAGCGGGGUACGCACAAUACAUGACCAAAGUCUAGGACUAAGGGUCUUCUCGUAUACACGAAUGAGGCCAUCGU